AUGAACAGUGCAUCUGCUUCUGCGUCGCAACAAGCGACUCCGGGGUCGUCAAGCGCACGCGAAGAUUCCACCAUCGUCGGACUUCACUACCGGAUCGGCAAGAAGAUCGGUGAAGGGUCCUUUGGUGUUUUAUUCGAAGGUACCAACAUGAUCAACGGCGUGCCCGUUGCAAUUAAGUUCGAGCCUCGCAAGUCCGAGGCACCACAGCUGAAGGACGAGUACAGAACUUACAAGAUUCUUGCUGGAACCCCCGGCGUGCCCCAGGCAUACUAUUUUGGGCAAGAAGGCUUGCACAACAUUUUAGUGAUCGAUCUGCUGGGCCCAUCUCUAGAAGACCUGUUUGACUGGUGUGGACGCCGGUUUUCGGUCAAAACCGUGGUGCAAGUCGCCGUUCAAAUGAUCACGCUAAUCGAAGACCUUCACGCUCAUGAUCUUAUCUACCGUGAUAUAAAGCCCGACAACUUCUUGAUUGGCAGGCCCGGUCAGCCAGACGAAAACAAAGUGCACUUGAUCGAUUUCGGUAUGGCCAAACAAUACCGUGAUCCCAAGACUAAGCAACACAUUCCAUACCGUGAAAAAAAAUCCUUAAGUGGUACCGCGCGUUACAUGUCCAUCAACACUCACUUGGGAAGAGAGCAAUCUCGUCGUGAUGAUAUGGAAGCGUUGGGUCACGUCUUUUUCUACUUCCUCAGGGGACAAUUGCCAUGGCAAGGUUUGAAGGCCCCCAACAACAAGCAAAAAUACGAGAAAAUUGGGGAGAAAAAGCGUCUCACAAAUGUUUAUGAUUUGGCUCAGGGACUUCCAAUACAGUUUGGUCGUUACUUAGAGAUUGUCAGAAACUUGGCAUUCGAAGAGACUCCUGAUUACGAGGGUUACAGAAAACUGCUACUGUCCGUUUUAGACGACUUGGGCACUGACGCUGAUGGUGAAUACGAUUGGAUGAAGCUAAACGGUGGCCGUGGCUGGGAUUUGAAUAUCAACAAGAAGCCCAAUUUACACGGUUACGGACAUCCUAAUCCUCCAAAUGAAAAGGGCAGAAGGCACAGAAACAAGUACGGUCAACAAGCUGCAGAUGCUCAGCAACAAUUGCGUUAUCAACAGCAACAACAACAAUUGCAACAACAGCAACAAUUGCAACAACAGCAGCAACAGCAGCAACUACAGCAACAGCAACAGCAACAACAACAGCAUAGGCUCGACCCAACUUCUUACGAGGCUUAUCAGCAGCAAACACAACAGAAGUACGCACAGCAACAACAAAAGAUCCAACAGCAACAGCAGCAUCACCGCAUGCAAAACUUUUCUCAACAUGCUGCGCAACAAUCCCAGCCUUAUGGUGCUCAACAACCGCCAACUGUUAAACAACAUGUACAGACUUCGGGCAACGGCAACGCUGCUCUCGCAGAUGGUCACUCUGUGUCCUCCGGAAAAGGUUUCUUCAGUAAGAUGGGCUGUUGUUAA